GGCUAGAGGAGCCGGAGGGAGGCUAUCGGUAGCGAGUCAAAAUGAAACUUAACUUCAAAACUUUUCCACUGACGGAAUCUGCAAGGAAAGAGGUCGUCUCCCUUAACGACAAAAAACAUGGCCAGCAAACAUCUUCCCCCUCAGAAACCACAAACAGGGAAACCACAGCUGCGUAUCGUGCUUGUUGGGAAGACUGGAGUUGGGAAGAGCACUACAGGAAACACCAUCCUGGGGAAAAAGGCAUUUCCUACAGGGAUUUCCUCUUCCUCAUUGACAAUGAAGUGUCAAAAGGAAACUGGAGAGUUUAAUGGGCAGUCUCUCACUGUUGUUGAUACUCCUGGUUUGUUUUCUACUCAGACUCCUUCUGACAAACCGAUUGUGUCUCCAUCAAAAAUAUUAGACAAAAUACCAGGUUUGUCUGAAACAAACAAGAAUAUACUUAGAGAGAUUGCUAGGUGCAUUACCUUCUCUGCUCCUGGUCCCCAUGUUUUCCUGGUUGUUCUCCAGGUGGGCAGGUUCACACCAGAGGAACAGGAAACGGUGAAACUCAUCAAGAUGUUCUUUGGAAAAGAGGCAGACUCUUACACUAUGGUUCUGUUCACCCACGGUGAUGACCUGAAAGCUGAAAAAGUUUCCAUAGACAAACUGAUCGGUGAUAAUGAAGCUCUUAGAGAUUUUGUCAGGCAGUGCCAUGGGGGUCACCAUGUCUUUGACAACAGGAACAAUGAUUCAUCUCAAGUCCCCGAUCUACUGGACAAGAUCACCAGCAUGGUAAAGAGAAAUGCAGGAAGACAUUACACAAACGACAUGUUCAUGUGGGCUGAGAAAGCUAUAGAAGAGGAGAUGCAAAUCCUAAAGAAAGAAAAUCCAACAAUGUCAAAGGAAGAAGCAAGAAAAACGGCUGAGGAAAACAACCCCUAUAUUGAAGCUUUGGUAGUGAAACUUGUUAUACUGAUUGGCUCAGGGGUACGUUCUGUUGUGAGGAAUAAAACAACAGAGGAGGUAAGGAAAGUAGCAGGGCUAGAAAUAGCAAAUAUAGCAGGAGAUGUGAUAGAACACCUGAUAGAGGAAGCAACAAAGUAUGUUGCUUAUGUAUGUAUUCCUAAAGCGUUCGAGAAAUGCAAUUUACAGUGAGUGCCUUUUGAUCUUUGAGUUGAUCACACUAUGUCCUUUUGUUUUAUUUUGGUUGUUUGAGUAACAAAAAUCACCUUUAUUGUAACAUAUACCUUGUUUGUUUUUCAAAUGGCUUGUGGGCCUGUACGUUCACUGAAUGUUGUAUUGGAAUGUAACAGAAAAUGCAUCUUAGGAUGCUUCAUUUAUUUGUUCUCUUUUUUUAACUUAGGUGAAUUUUUAUCCUUCGCCUGGUCCUUGUUUUAGUCUGCAUGCAAUGCCAGACAAGGGUGACAGUGUGCAUCUCUUGCCCAUGUACUGAUCUGUCUAUUGUCUCUGGCAGACUGCUGAUUGCUGCUUCUCUUGAGUUUGUUUAUGGUCUAGGUAAACCGUAAAACUGAACUGCCCUUCUGGGAUAAAUAAAGUUGUCUGAAUCUGAAUCUAAACUUAUAUUGGUGGCCUGAAAAGGACCAUUUGAUUGACACAUGGCAGAAUUGUUGCAAAAUCAAAUAAUGUGGCACUGAAAGCAGCAUCAAAUGUGGUACUGAUGGGAGCAAUUAAUUAAAAGAAGCUUUGGAUUAGCGGUUGGAAUUGGAGUAAAUCAAAUUGUUUAAAUUGCUUGUGAAUGAUUAAAGCUCUCAAGGAUCAAAUAGAAUGAAAAAAUAAUUUGUAAGUAAUUAUGUGUGUGCCGUGAAAAGCAGUCAUGUUUUAUUAUUAUUCAUCAUACUUAUGUAACCGAGCGUUGAGUGCGCCUAUACUUAUUAAAGUGGGAAAAUAAUAUCACAGACUUUCCUAAGACUGAA